AGUAUUUUCCCGCGAUUUUGUUUACUUAGAUACAGUUGGUUGACGUAAACAACAACAACAACUACAACAAGCACCAUAAAUAAAGUUGUUAUGUUAAAUUCAAGAUUUAAUUUUCUACGAUGAACUUACUACGAUAAAUAUAUCUUAAUUGUUUAGUGUUCGUUAAAAAACAGAUAUAAAUAAAAGUGACAAUGAGGCGAUCAUCCGCGCCUAGUCAAUCUGGGAAACGUCCUUUAUUUCCAGAUAUCGAGAAUUAUUCGCCGAUAACUAAUGUCAAUAAUUCUAAUAAGCCGAAAGAAGAUUCUUCUGUAGCUCUUCACCGAGAGAAAAGAUUGAAAACAUUGAAAUUUAAACCUAUUCUUAUUCCUGAGCGUAAAGCUUUACAGCUGAAUUCAAAUGAUGUUACAACUACCAAAGAAGUUAUAUCAGACCAUGAAGAGAAAAUUCGUAAAAUGCUUAGUAAACCUUUUAAAAUUCCUAUCCCUGGUUACGAAUUAUCAGGUCGAUUUUUAGGAGCUAAGUUCUCAGGUCCUCGCAGAGCAUUACACGAUCCUAAUGCAGCAAAUGCUUUGGUAGUUUAUGCUCCUCCUGAAUUAUCUGAGCACGAGCGACUUAAAAUUGACGAGAGCAAACAAUUGGUACACGUGGUCGUUGAUCCUCUCCUUUGUAAUAUUUUAAGACCUCAUCAGAGAGAAGGAGUUAAAUUUAUGUACGAGUGCGUAACAGGAGUGCGAAUCGAAGAUGCCUUUGGGUGCAUUAUGGCUGAUGAAAUGGGUCUUGGAAAAACUCUCCAGUGUAUAACUCUCUUAUGGACUUUAUUGAAACAAGGUCCCGAAGCUAAACCACUGAUUGAAAAAGCAAUAAUUGUAGCACCCAGUUCACUGGUUAAGAAUUGGUACAAUGAAAUUUUCAAAUGGUUGGGAAACCGUGUUCGACCUCUGGCUAUCGAUGGUGGAAGCAAAAAUGACAUUGAUACUAAACUUGUUGGAUUUAUGAAAACUUAUGGCAGACGGUGUGUAAAUCCUAUCUUAAUAAUCAGCUACGAAACAUUCCGUCUUCAUUCUCACGUUCUCCAUAACGAUGAAGUCGGACUUGUUCUCUGUGAUGAAGGACAUCGAUUAAAAAAUUCCGAAAAUCUAACGUAUCAAUCUUUGAUGGGUCUGAAAGCUAAACGACGUGUUUUACUCAGUGGAACUCCAAUUCAAAAUGAUUUAUUGGAGUACUUUUCACUGGUACACUUUGUAAAUCAAGGCUUGCUUGGCACAGCUCAAGAAUUUAGGAAGAAAUUUGAAAAUCCUAUUUUACGUGGUCAAGAUGCCGCUGCUACCGAUUCAGAAAGAGCUGUGGCUCAAGAAAGACUUAAUGAAUUAGUUACUAUUGUUAACAAAUGUUUGAUCAGAAGAACAAGUGCCUUGUUAUCUAAAUAUUUACCUAUUAAAUAUGAACUUGUUGUUUGUAUCAAGAUGACUGAGUUACAGACACAGCUUUAUAAAAACUUUAUCAACAGUGAUUCUAUUAAAAGAUCAAUGCAAAAUCAUGAAAGUGAAAAAAAGAAAGGUGGUGGUACACUUUCAGCUCUCUCAGCUAUUACUUUACUGAAGAAAUUGUGCAAUCAUCCUGAUCUUGUCUACGAAAAAAUUAUGGAAAAUUCUGAAGGGUUUGAAGGAGCAUCAAAGUUACUUCCUUCUAAUUACAGUACCAAGGAUGUAAUGCCAGAAUUAUCAGGAAAAUUGAUGGUCCUCGAUUGUCUGUUAGCUUCAAUAAAAUCUACGACAUCUGAUAAAAUAGUAUUGGUAUCAAAUUACACUCAAACUCUUGAUCUUUUUGAAAAACUUUCACGCAAAAGACAAUACAAAUAUGUACGUCUUGACGGUACGAUGACGAUUAAAAAACGAUCAAAAGUAGUUGAUAGUUUUAAUAAUCCUGAGAGCGGAGACUUCAUUUUUAUGUUGAGUUCCAAAGCCGGAGGUUGUGGUUUGAAUUUAAUUGGAGCAAAUCGAUUAGUUAUGUUUGAUCCUGAUUGGAAUCCUGCUAACGAUGAUCAAGCUAUGGCACGAGUUUGGCGAGAUGGCCAAAAGAAACCUUGCUUUGUUUACCGGUUUCUGAGUACUGGAACAAUUGAAGAAAAAAUUUUCCAAAGGCAAGCUCAUAAAAAAGCACUGAGUUCAACCGUUGUUGAUCAAGAAGAUGAUGUUUGUCGGCACUUUACCCUCAAUGAUCUCCGAGAUCUUUUCAAGCUUGAAGAAAAUACUGUUUCCGACACGCAUUCUAAAUUCAAGUGCAAACGAUGUGUGGCUGGUGUUGAAGUAAAAGGACCUCCAGAGCAAUCUGAUUGUAAUUCAGACUUGGCAGACUGGCGUCAUGCUCACAAUUCCCGAAAUCUUCCGGAUAUACCGCUAAAACAUUGCUGGUCUAGUGGAGUUUCAUUUGCGUUUCAUCAUCGCUCGACUGAACAAGUUAAAGAGAAAAAAGAAAUUGAAGAAAAGCCUGAGGAAGUUAAUAUGGAUACAGAAGUAGAUUCAGAAUAAUUUAUAUAAAUAUAUUUGUUUAUUAUAAUUGACUGAGAAAGCUGGUUGUCUUUCUAUCAUAAGUUUUUAAUUUUAUAAUUAAAAAAAAAAAAAUAAUUAAAAUA